GGCACGUCCCUGGGGCAGUUGCCUCGGCUGCUGCACCUGUAUGUACGCUACUGCGAAAUGGGAAAGAGUAACACCGUUGUUUAGGCCAGUGUAUAGUGUUUUAAAUCUCUUCAAGGUGUACGAAUUAGAGAUUUUUAUUUACAAGCUUUUUAACCUCUAAAAUAAAGUGAGCUGUAUCAUGGGAUCACCAAGAACAAGAUCUAGCUGAAAACCGAAACGGUUUCAACAUGGGAGACCAUGAUAAUUUUUUUCUGGUGAUGAUGUGCCUAGGAUUAGCAGCUGGUUUGAAUGAAAAUGAUCCUGCUUCUUUGAAAGAAAACAUGACACAGUUUCAAGAACAACUGGGCUUUGAGGAGCAGGAACCACCAGAAACUCCAGAAGUUAUUGCACUAGGUCUUCCAUCAUGGGCUAGUCUCCUCAUCUAUCCUAUUGACGUUACUUUCUCCUGUUAUGGAAAACCCUUUGGUUACUAUGCUGAUCCAAACAAUGAGUGCAAGAUCUAUCAUGUCUGUAGACCAGUAACAGAUAAUGCUGGUAAUGUCAAGCAGUAUCUUAGGUAUAGUUUUGUCUGUCCCAACCAAACUGUGUUUGACCAGCAUAGUUUGGUGUGUACCUAUCCUCAUCAGGCUGUACCAUGUAGCAAUGUUUCUGAGUACUUGUACGUGAAUGAGAAUUUUGGCAAACAAGGUCCAGGACCUGAACUUACAAUGGCACCUGGUGAUGUUUCUUCGUCUCGUCUUGUUCCUGACACUACUGGUAAUUACAACGAUAUCACUGCUAAUCCUUUACCAUCAGGGCCAACACCACCAGCUUGUAUAUUUUCUCCUACUGAUGAUUCUCCAAUUCCUUGUAGAUUUCCUUUACCCGAGAACUCUUUCUUUUGUAAGUUUGUUUCAGAAGUAAUAAUCGAGUGCAUUUCCAAACAAACAACUACUAAUAACACAUCUACUAUACAAACAAUGUCUGGCCCCGUUCUGUCUACACAGCCAUUAAGUCCUGCAGAGCCUGUUCCCUCUAGUGCACCAAUACAAACUUUCGGCCAUAGUCCUGCAAAUAAUUUCACACAAUUUGGAAAAGGAUCAUUUUUUUGCAGAUAUAUAGAGAAUAAAUUAACUUCAUUUACAUGUAGCCACCAGGAAGAAUUAUCUAUACCAGACGACGGAGAAAAAAAUGUUCAGCCACAGUUUAUCUGUACGUAUAUAUCUGAUUCUUAUUUUACAAUAAUAUGUACACACAUAGGCCCUUUUCGUUUUUCUAUGCCAGUAAAUCCAAACACAUCAUCCUUGUUAUCAACUAGCACUGACACUGAAAUUUCACAUACCUGUUUCUGAAUUGGGAACA